AUGGCUCCUCCAAUUGCCAUCGUUACCGGUGGCUCAUCCGGCAUCGGCGCAGCCUUCGUGGCACACCUCGUUUCUCUAGGGUGGAACGUGGUCGUCGCAGAUAUCCACCAACCCAAGCACGCCCUUUCAGGCACUUUAUACAUCCACACGGACGUGUCGUCGUGGGAGCAGCAGGCCGACAUGUUCAAACAGGCCUACGACUGGGGCGGCCAGCGGCUCGAUUUCUGCGCGUUGAACGCCGGCAUCGACGACCGAGACGACAUCUUCAACACGCUGUCGCACGACCUGCACAAGCCGCCGAAAAAGCCAAACACGGACACUUUUGCCGUCAACAUCACUGGAACAUACUACGGCGUCAAGCUCGCCGCGCACUACAUGACACUCCCCGGCGACCCCGGUACUGGCAAGUCCAAGCCCGGCGGCAAGAUCAUCAUCACAGGAUCCGGAGCGGGCCUGUUCCCGUCCUCAUCAACGCCUCAGUACACGACCAGCAAGCACGCGCUGAUCGGCCUGGUGCGCGCCCUGGGGAAAUCCGACGCCGCCCUCGCGGCCCACGUGCGCAUCAACACCCUCUGCCCGGCCAUCGUCGACACCGGCGAAGGCAUGCCCGUGGGCCUGUUGGAGAAGCUCCUCCCGGGCCAGAUCACGCCCAUGAGCACCGUCCUGCGCGGCUUCGACACCCUGGCCGACUUGGCUGGUGCGGGAGCGGAAGACUGGGUCGAGCGCGGACCGGCGGGUGAGACUCUCGAGGCCAAAGUAAAUGACUUGAUUUGGCAUUAUUCGCCGGAGAGGCCAAAGGGGGGGAAGGGUAAGUCAAGUUCAGGCGAGAGCGGCGCUCAAGCUACCUCAGCAGCUACAGCAGCCACAACAACAACAGACCCCUACAAAGACGGAUUUCACCAGGGUGCAGCCAGGGGAGAACACACGCACUUUUGGUAUGAAUAG